AUGCAAAGGGUGGAGACAACUUUUGACCACGCUGAAGGGUGUUCUGUUCUGUACCUCUGUCUCCCACCUAAUCACUUUCAUAAGCGGUGCGUGAAGCCUAAUACCUAUAUGAUGUACCUUAAACUGGAUGGGUUUGUCAUCAGUGUGUGCAUCGUGUACACGCUGAUGGCGGAUGGCUGUGCGGCACGAUACGGGACAUUACCGCUUCUUUUGAGUCCAUCAGCUCACGAUGAUCUGGCUCUGGAGGCCAGUGUUUACAAGUAUCUGUCCAAGGCCCGGUGCUGCUGGCGAGCCGGCAGUCAUUGGUGCUCUAUUAGAGCUAGCGUGCCAUUUCUGUGCCCUGGUGACGGUAAGGGUGGGGCUGCUGGUGACGUGAGUGUAGCUGACGGUACUUCACUCCAAAUCGCAAGGAACCGUCGCCUUCGCAAAAAUAACUCCCACCUGGCGCCUUCCUUCCUCACGUCUGGAGCUUGCACACCUGGGACCUGGACUUGGUCUCCCUGUCUCACCGCCACCCAGCUUAACCGCCUCGAGAGGACCCAGAAAAAGGGUCAUCGAGAUCAUUCUCGGCUCCACCUACACCACCCGACAAUGCCACCCUUGCCACCCUGCACCUCACCACUCUUGCUGACCACUACGCUGCCUCAAGACUGCUCAACUGCCUUUGCCACCACGAUCUCCCCCUUAUGCACCGCCGCCCCGAGGAACCCUAUGUGCCUCUAACAAGCUGAUUCGUUCUUGGUUAUCAUUCUAGUCAAUCUUGUUGUUUUCGUGAUGUUUUGAUUAAUCCGUUUUUAUUUCCCAUUUUAAUCAUACCUCUGCUGUGUGGUUUUUUUUUAUUACUUUUAAUAUUUUCUGCUUCUAAUGUAUGUUUUUAGUCGUUAGUUACCA